ACAAACGUGAACAUGCUAUGCCGAGGCCAAGUGGGAAUACAAUAAACAAAUUCUCUCUCUCUCUCUCUCUCUCUCUCAUUAUUCCUUCUCCUGCUUUGCUGUAAUUAUCAAAUCCGACACUCUUUUUUCUUUCGGUCCUGUUUUCCUCCUGCCUUCCGUUCUCCUUAGUCCUUGCUGAUUAUCAGAGAUUCCGAAUACUAGUAAUUUGCUAGCGGUUUUCCAGGGAGAGGGCGUGGGUUUUCUUCUCUGUUUGUGUUUCGCAAAUGCGUGAGUCUACGCGUGGCUUUGCUUAGGGAGAGUGAGAGAGAGAGAGAGAGAGAGAGAGAGAGAGUGGAAGAAGAUGAGGGUGAGGAAUUUAGUGGUGCUGAUGCUCUUUGUGACGGUUAUUUCUCCGAUUGUGUUUUACACCGACCGCCUCGCUACUUUUAAAUCGUCUACUUCUACGGAUGAAUUUGUUGAAGAUGUUACCGCCGUUGCUCUCAAUGGUCAGAACCAGCGUCUAAAUGUGCUACCCCAGGAAUCGUCAACUAUCAUUAAAGAGCCGAUUGGAAUCGUAUAUUCAGAUAACACAACCAAAUCUCUUCCAAAUUCUGCUACUUCAGCCCAGCAGGACUCCACCCACAUUGCACUUGCAACUCAAGUGGAAUCGAGGGACCAUAAAUCUACUAGAGUAUUAUCUACUACUUCAGAUGAGGAAAAUCGAGAUCAAGAUCGAUCUCAAAGAGAGAACCACAUCAUGGAAGUCAUUGAUACAAUCGCUGAAGAUAUGGAAAUUAGAGAAGAAGCAAUUGAUGCCGGUGACAAGGCUCAGCAAUUAUCAGAUAAUUCGGAUUCCUCUCAAAAUAUGGAAAUAAAGCACGAGCAACAAUCCGCUCAAACCUCAAGAAAGACGGAUAAGAAAGAACCUAUAAAAAUCGGCAGCGGCAAACAGAAAGAUCAAACAGCCAUGCCAGAUGCUCGGGUGCGGCAACUUAAAGAUCUGCUCAUCAGGGCCAGGGUUUAUCUUUCCCUCCAGGCCACAAGAAAUAAUCCUCACUUUUCAAGGGAGCUUCGAGGGCGGAUAAAGGAAGUUCAGCGAGCACUUGGGGAUGCAAGCAAGGAUUCAGAACUUGGAAGGAAUGCCUAUGAAAGGUUGAAAGCAAUGGAGCAAACAUUGGCAAAAGGAAAGCAGAUUCAUGAUGAUUGUGCUGCUACGGCAAAGAAGCUGAGGGCUAUGCUCCACUCAACUGAGGAGCAGCUCCGGGUGCACAAAAAGCAGACCAUGUUCCUGACACAAUUAACUGCAAAAACGCUUCCAAAGGGUCUACAUUGUCUUCCAUUGCGUCUUACGACAGAGUAUUACACCUUGAAUUCUUCUCAACAGCAGUUUCCAAAUCAAGAGAAAUUAGAAGAUCCCCGGUUGUACCACUACGCAUUAUUCUCUGAUAACGUAUUGGCAACAGCAGUUGUUGUAAACUCAACUGUUAUCCAUUCUAAGGACCCUUCGAAGCAUGUUUUCCACAUUGUUACUGACAGACUCAAUUAUGUGGCAAUGAGGAUGUGGUUCCUGGUAAAUCCACCUGGUAAAGCCACUGUACAGGUCCAGAACAUUGAAGAGUUUACCUGGUUAAAUUCAAGUUAUAGUCCAGUUCUUAAGCAGCUGGGUUCUCAAUCCAUGAUAGAUUAUUACUUCAGAACUCAUCGGGCCAAUUCCGAUUCGAAUCUGAAGUAUCGGAACCCAAAAUACUUAUCCAUCCUCAAUCAUCUUCGGUUUUACCUGCCAGAGAUCUUCCCAAAGCUCAACAAAGUACUAUUUUUGGAUGAUGAUAUAGUUGUGCAGAAGGAUCUCACUGCCCUCUGGUCCCUUGAUUUGAAGGGGAAUGUUAAUGGUGCUGUAGAGACGUGUGGAGAGAGCUUCCAUCGUUUUGAUCGGUAUCUGAACUUUUCAAAUCCCCUUAUAUCAAAGAAUUUUGACCCCCAUGCUUGUGGAUGGGCAUAUGGAAUGAAUGUAUUUGAUUUGGCUGAAUGGAAGAGGCAAAACAUCACAGGAGUGUACCACUCAUGGCAGAAGCUGAAUCAUGACAGACAGUUGUGGAAGUUGGGAACACUGCCACCUGGUCUCAUAACAUUUUGGAAGCGCACUUACCCACUUGAUCGAUCAUGGCAUGUGCUAGGCCUUGGUUAUAAUCCUAGUGUCGGCCAGAAGGAAAUUGAAAGAGCAUCUGUCAUACACUAUAAUGGCAACAUGAAACCAUGGCUUGAGAUAAGCAUUCCCAAGUAUCGAAGCUACUGGACAAGAUUUAUUGAUUAUGAUCAUAUAUAUUUGCGGGAGUGCAAUAUUAAUCCAUAAAAUUGGCACUCAUGGUAUAUUUAAGCAUUGACAUGAUAUGCAUAAUCAAGCAGCUGCUCUCAACAAUAUCUAUGUGGCCAUGCAUUUCUCAGGUCUGCAUCCCCUCUCUGUAGGCUCUUUGCUUUUUGGGGAAAAAAAAUGAGUUCAAUUCUUUCUGUAUACGUUUUAAUUUACUUCAUUUUAUUUUUUAAUAUUGAGCUAGAAGAGGGUGGGUGGCCUAAUGGAUAAUGUAUUUAGCUUUGGUACUUCAGCUGGCGUAUUUGUAAAUGAUUUGAAGCUAGAUUUGUGCUGUCAUUAGAGUGCAUGUCAUCUUCUCGUUGUAUAUGAGAUUCUAUUAGGUUUGCAGCACUGUUUGCUCUCUCUUCACAUAGGUUAAUGAUGAAUUAUGGGGUUUUUUUUUUUUUUGGUGGUCUUUGACUUAUUUUGAUAAUUUCCCAAUGUAGCUCAGUACUGAAAUGUAAACAAGUUAUCAUGUUGCUUAUUCAUAACCAGUGUGAGGAUCUACA